AACAACGUCAAUCUACCGUAUAUCUACCAAAACGAGUGUUCCAGAGUCAGACGGCGUUGUGCAGCCAGCCUGAACGGUUCCUCGGUUUUUCCAGAUUUUAAAAUUCUUGGUGGAAUAAAAAAGUUCUCUGAUCCCUACGACCAUGGAAGACAUCGAGGCAGAAGACGCCACCUUCGCCUUCUCGGAGAAGUCCAUUCGGAUGGGCUUCAUAAGGAAGGUGUACGCCAUCUUGUGCACGCAGCUCCUGAUCACCUUUGGUCUGGUGGCCGUGUUCGUAUGGGUGCCCGCAGUCAACGACUACGCCCUCAAAAACCAAUGGAUGCUCUGGGUCGCCAUAGGCCUGACGUUCACCAUGGUCAUCGCCCUCUCCUGCUGUGGCAACCUGAGGAGGAAGUCGCCACAUAACUACAUAGCGCUGUUCGUGUUCACCAUCAGCGAAGCGUACCUGCUCGGGGUCGUGAGUGCCUCUUACCAGGGGAAGGAGGUCGCCAUCGCCAUCGUGGCCACGGCGGUGGUGACGCUGGUGCUCACGCUCUUCGCAUUCCAGACCAAAUAUGACUUCACUAUGAUGGGCGGCUUCGUCCUCGUCAGCCUAACCGUCCUCCUGAUAUUCGGCAUCUUGGCAGCCAUUUGGUCCAACCAGAUCGUCAACAUGGUGUACGCUUGCCUCGGGGUCCUCCUCUUCAGCUUCUACCUGGUGUUCGAUACCCAGCUCAUCAUAGGAGGGAACCACAAAUUUGCCUAUUCGCCGGAGGAGUACGUGUUCGCGGCCCUCAACUUGUACCUCGAUAUCAUCAACCUCUUUAUGUACAUUCUCGCGAUCAUUGGAGGAUCAAGGGACUAAGGAUGUGAAGGAAGGUAGAUGAAAGGAAAGGGAAAGAAGGGGGGGGGCAGAAUGGAGAAGGGGUGGAUUUUGCUUAUUCGUUAGUGACUCAUUACCAAGGGUUGGAUUGGAUCAUGUUAUUUAUGAGGCACAUGAUUUGAAGAAAAAGGCUGCAGAAGGAAUGGGCUAAGGUGAAUGAUUAUCUGUUUGCCUAUCUAUUUAUGUAUGUACACAUGCACAUCACUAUCAGCUAUUUUGUUUGCAUAUCGAGCUGUAGUCUUCGGGAAACAUGUGUGAUGUGCUCGCCAAUAAAACCAUAAAGGUAU